AUGGCCUCCCUCGCCCCCUCGGGCGCAGAGCCAACCCCUCUCCUCAUCACAAUUAGAUUCACAACCUCGAUCCCUGACCUUUUGCUCGACAUCCCCUCCCCAGACGAAACAACAGUCGUAGCUCUCAAGCAGCGCCUCCGCUCCCAUCUCGACGCGCCCACCUCGCAGCACCGCCUCCGGCUCAUCCACAGCGGCAAGCUCCUCCAAGACGACGACAUCCUCUCGGACGUCCUCAAGAUUCCCCUGCCGUCCCCUCCACCCACCGAUCCAAAGGGCAAGGGCAAAUCAGUCGAGCCGCCCUCGCCGCGCGUGUACAUCAACUGCUCGAUCGGCGAUGCGUUGACCACGUCGGAAUUGUCCGCCGAGGCGCUGGCUGCCGCCUCCACGAGCGCGACGCCGCGGAAGAGGGGAAAGAGCGAGACGCGGAAUGGAGGAGGGGCUGCGCAAGCGUCAACCACGACCCCUGCGCCGCGAGGCUUCGAGAGACUGCUGUCGGGGGGUUUCUCGCCGGCAGAGGUAAACCAGCUGCGGUUGCAGUUCCGCUCUAUUCAGUCGAAUAUCCACACCCCGGAGACUAUGCCCUCGACGGAUACAUUGCUACGUAUGGAGGACGCUUGGAUAGACGAUAAUGCAGGCGGGAAUGGUGGAGGAGGGGCCGAUACGGGGGGGUUCGAUUUCGGGGAUGGAGAGGGCGCUUUGGAUGACUUGCUGUGGGGCAAUAUCAUGGGGUUCUUAUGGCCGUUGGGGUGUAUGGGCUGGCUUGUGCGGGAGGACGGGGUUUGGUCAGGUAGGAAGAAAGUCGCUGUUGCUACAGGAUUCAUGCUCAGCGUGACGUUUGGCAUGCUGAGGGUUUUAUCGUGA